AUGGCUCCAGCACUGCUCACUGCAGUCGACUCAACCUCUCAUGUACAUCUGGUUAUCGGAUCCAAUCCACUUGCAGGCGCGCGCUGUAGCCGGUCUCUCGAAGUCGGCGCACAUCCCAUUGUCAUUGCGCCAGAAGAUGCUACCGUGCAUUAUAGCCUGCUGAAGCGCAUAGAAGAGGGAGAAGUCAAGUGGCUUCAACGAGAAUUCAGGGAAGACGACCUCACGACCUUGGGUCGCGCUGAAGUAGACGGGGUUGUGGAUGCCGUGUUCAUAACCACUGGCGGCAAGCAGACUCAAUCCACUAGAAUAUCCACCCUGUGUCGCCGUCUUCGCAUUCCCGUCAAUGUUGUCGAUGCGCCGAAUCUCUGCUCCUUCACCCUCCUAGCUACACAUUCCGACGGUCCCCUACAGAUUGGCGUAACUACCUCAGGAAGGGGAUGCAAGCUGUCCAGCAGAAUAAGACGAGAGAUAGCGGCCUCGUUGCCACCGAACCUCGGAUCCGCUGUUGAUAAACUGGGGAGUCUGCGGAGACGGAUAUGGGAGGAAGACCACGCCACUGAGCUGUCCCAGGAUCCUGAAGCGGAAGAUGAAGAUAUUGGGCAGCCUGCGACGUUCAAUCAGCUUGUCACUGCGGAGAGCGCGGAGGCCGCAAGAGGACGCCGCAUGCGAUGGCUGUCGCAGAUUUGCGAAUAUUGGCCACUCCGUCGACUCGCUUCCAUCUCGGAUACGGAUGUUGAGACCCUCUUCCGCGAGUACACCAAGCCGAGUAUGAUCAAGAAUGGAAGUCUACCUAAAAGGCCAGGACGUAUAAUUCUAGCAGGCUCCGGGCCUGGGAAUCCGGAUCUACUGACAAGGGCUGCCCACAAAGCCAUUCUAUCUGCAGACGUCGUGCUGGCCGACAAGCUUGUACCCGGGCCAAUAUUGGAUCUGGUUCCUCGCCGUGCGACGGUACACAUUGCAAAGAAGUUCCCUGGAAAUGCGGACAAGGCGCAAGAAGAGCUCCUGGAGCUAGGCUUGGAGGGAGUGAAGGCUGGCCAUACUGUCGUGAGGAUCAAACAGGGCGACCCCUACAUCUACGGGCGAGGGGGCGAAGAAUACGACUUCUUCAGUUCACACGGUUAUACGCCCAUUGUCCUGCCCGGGAUCACUAGCGCUCUGAGCGCGCCGCUCUUCGCAGCAAUUCCACCUACGCACCGGAGUGUGGCUGACCAGGUGUUAAUCUGUACUGGUACUGGCCGUAAAGGAGCUGCGCCGGAUCAUCCAGAAUAUGUUGAGUCCCGCACAGUUGUCUUCCUCAUGGCUCUACACCGGCUUUCCUCUCUGGUCGAGACCCUCACCACCGCCAAGGGAUACCCGAAAGAGACGCCAUGUGCGGUGCUUGAGCGUGCCAGCUGUCCAGACCAAAGGGUCAUACGGACAACGCUCGAGAACGUAUGCGCUGCGGUUGAGGUUGAAGGCAGUCGACCCCCUGGAUUGCUUGUCGUGGGCAAGGCAUGCUCUGUUCUCCGCAAAUUCCACCAGAAGUGGGUCGUUGAGGACGGCUUCCAGGCAUUGGAUAACAUUGGCAUGGAGGGAGAUUUACCCCUGUUGGGAGAAGCAGUCAGCGCAUAG